CGAAUCGAUCGGUUGAACCAGCCGGCCUAACACUGUUUUGAAAACACUAAACGUUUUUGGUGUCGAUCGACUGUUGGAUACAGCGUAAAGACGCAAUUUCAGAAAGCGACCUUUAUUUUCUCAACAACAAUGCUUGGUUCUUCCUUCUUCUCUCACCCAUACACCUAACCUUGUCAAUACCAACGGUUUCAUUCAUAUCUGACUCAGUGUUCCUGAUUCUCCAGCGACCAAGACAAGACUAUCUUCGCAGUCCAGGAGAUGUUAGGAAGCUCCUUAGCUUCCCCUUUGGCUACAUUGGGUCCUGCCAAUUGCUUUCGACACUCUGCAGGUGAUUCUCUAACAUGCACUAGUGUUCUACCAUUGAGCCUGAACUUGUCAUAUCAUGGUGUGGCUGGAGGAGUAAGGACAUCUCGUGGUCCACGAAACAAGUGGAUAGUGGUCUGUUCACCAACGCAAGUGGAAACCUCUGGUGAUGAGCCAAAGACAUGGGAAGAAUGCAAAGAAGCUCUGUCUCGUUUUGAUUUCAGCGUAGAGGAGCAAGACAAGAUACUAGGAAAAGCGUUUGGUCAUAUCCACUCGCCCUACUGGACAGAAGAACGAGUGAAAGAGAAUCCAAAGGUGGAAGCUUUGAAUCACGUACUUGAGUUCCUUAGAAGUCUCGGUUUGUCAGACGAGGAUCUUCACAAAGUGCUGAAGAAGUUCCCGGAAGUACUCGGUUGCAGCUUAGAAGAAGAGAUGAAACCCAACAUUGGGAUCUUGGAAAAUCAAUGGGGGAUUACGGGUAAGUCGCUGCGAAGUCUGUUGCUCCGGAACCCGAAAGUGUUGGGGUACAAUGUGGAUUGUAAAGGAGAUUGUAUUGCUCAGUGCACUCGGUGUUGGGUUCGGUUUUAGUCUUUCUUUCCCUAGUUCGUUUGUUUGUCUCUAGUCUCUCCAUCUUAUGGUUUCAUUACAGCUACUGAAAUAAACUAGCCUCGAUGGUUGAAGGACCAAUGUGAAUGCUUGUACUUUAGAUGAAUCACACAUUAAUUUUUAUUUGAUGAA